CUGCUGUGCUCAUGCAUAGCAAGAUGCUGAGGACACCGUCUUGUGGCUUUGGCAGCCUCUGUGGACUCGGUAAGCCCAACCCCACAGUCCAUGAAUGAUCUAUGAAUCCUCAGACGUGCAGACCGUGAGAUGGACAUGUGUUCGACUGCCUCUCAGCAUGACAACGACAAACAGGUGAGAUGGAAAGUUAAUCCUGAACGAGUUAAUCGGCAUGCUGAUGAAGUGUGGACACACCCUGGAGUUAUUCAGGAGAGAAAAUGGAGGACAGCUGCAUGCAUUCUGGACCAGGCAGAAUAAAUAGUGGUUGCUAACGGCACGUCACCUCCGGCCAGUUUUGUUGCAUAAUAAGAAACACAAGCAUAGUUUAAGACUCUGGAGGAAGAAGCCCACUAAUCCAAGCAGCAGGACUGGUGCUGAGGAAUUUUUGUGAGAGUCUAGCUCAUAAAGUCGAAACCUUCAGGUCUGAAGUUGCCAAAGAAAGCUGAUAAAAAAGCCAGCUGAGACAACAGCUUAAACGGUCUCCUAAAACCAUGGCACUGCUGAAAGUGGGCUGCACAUCAGACCGUCAGAGGGCCGAGCCUGUUUUAUUGUCCUCUCUACAUCUUGCAUUGGCUAACUAACCAAACAUCGCACCACUUCUUUUCACACAUCACUGAAACAUCCUGGGCUCAAAGAAUCCCUUUCAGAGAUGAUCCUCUGCAGUCAGAUGAGUUUCGCAGUGCUGUACUGCAUACUGUGGCUCGCCGCGCCUGCCGUCCUGCGCUCUGAAUUCAAGGUGGCCUACGUGACCGAGCGCAGUGUGUACAUGUGCACAUGUGCGCAGGAUCUAAGCUUCUGUGAGAAGAUGAACUCCAGUGAAUGCAACAACUGCAAGGACCAAUCAUCAGUGCUGCAGAGGGCCGAGAGCCCGGUUCAAAAAAAGCGUCUGACGGUGUGGUACACCUCGCCUCUUAAUGUGGCCCUCCUGCUGAACAACUCUGAGGUGCGGCACCUGUCGCUGGUCCAGUGCAAGCCCUCUGAUGACCAGCCCGUCCCGUUUGAAUACUUCACAGUGCAGCGUUUGGAGACUCUAACGGUCACCUCCCCGUUCUGGAAGCCUGGACAGAGUUAUGACGUCAUCAUAGGCAAGGACAGGGACGCCCCGUAUCAAGAGGAGGCGAGAAUCGCUGUCAUUCAUACCUCUGUGUUGACGGGGAAAACAGAGGUGAAGUCGUACACCGUCCAAACCAAAGUGGAUCGCAGUGGCAUGAUGUCCUUCCCAGAAGUUUUUAUGUCUCGCAUCACGCUUUCGGAAAUGUCCAGGAUAUUUGUCACUUUUCUGUACUGAGAGAGGCAUUCUUCCACAGUUGCACCAUGUGGAAUUUAAACUCAUCAUUGUAGAUGUAACAGUUGUUGUUGUCACUAUAACACAAAUAGCUGUUGUGCAUAAUUAGUAAUGUAUAUACAAUAGUGGCCAAAAGUGAUGUCCAGAGGGGAUAUUUGUUUUUAAUGACCCUACAAGUUUGAUUAGGAAAAUGUUAUAUUUUUAAAAUAAAAAUAAAUUAUUUACAAAUAAAACAAUUGACUCCAAGCACAACUAUGUGAUAUGCUUACAAAAUCUUUAACAAAUUUUGAAUAAUAUUUGAAUAAAGGGUGAAGAUGUCAGUUUUCCUAGGCCAGAAAUCACUUUUGGCCACUACUGUACAUAAUAUAUACAAUUUUAUAUACUUAUUACACAUACAUUUCAAACAACAAUACCUUACUUUUAGAAUCAAACAUUAUUAUGAUACAAAACUAGACCAAAGUAAGGACAAAUUUAUUUUCUGAGGAUUGUAUAGGCUUUGCACAUUUUGUGACUUGCACAUGCGCUGUUGUUUUACUGAGGAUUUAAUUCUCUUAAGAUGAUUUGUAUUUACAAUAAUUUUGAAAUAGAAUAAUAUUAUAAUUUUUUAAAAAUGUAUUUAUAUAAAUAAAAAAUGCCAAAGAA